AUGGACGGCCUCCAGCGCCGGCCCGCGGCGGCGGCCGCCGCGAGCGCGAGGGGCGAGGGGCAGCCUCCGGGCGGGCAGCGCGUCAUCCACUGCGACGUCGAGCCGGCGCCGCGGGCGUGGCCCGGGAUGCAGAUGCUGGCCCUCGCCGCCGUCCUCGUGCUCGGGGGCCUCCAGUUCCUGCCGGCCACCCACUUCCGCCACCCCGCCGACCCCUCCCGCACCUGGGUCCCCUUCGACUCCUCGCGCCACCCCCAGGAUCUGUCCCAUGAGGUUAAAACUGUAGAUGUCUACUCUUCGAUAAGCUGUCUGGAUCUUCGUACUCUCGCUGUGCUGACAAACUCCACCCUGUCCAGCUCAAGUGAUCCGCAUCAUGUAUCCUUCAAUUUCUUGAUACCUGAAGGAGGCAAUGAUCAAGUGCCCUACUACAAGAUAAAAGCAGUGCUACCUGAUUCAAAUAUUACUGUUACUAGCCAGAAGAAAAUCAAGGAUAAGCUAAAUCUUGCCACUCCAGAAGGAAACUUUUUUGUGUCAUUCCCCAAUGAACUGUCACCAAUCGUUAUUGCAAGGGCUCUCUCACGAACGAGAUAUGUUUAUAUCUCAGCAGACUCAAUCAUAAAGGGCAAAAUUGAAGACCUUGUUCGCAUUGAUUUGGGCAGUUAUGCGGUGGGUGCCUCUGAAGAUUGUAGCAAGUGCCUUGGAGAUUACAUCAGUAUGGAUGUUCUGAAUGCUGUGCAAAGAACAGCUCCAAGAGGUUUGCUACAUCAUACUGUAACUUUUGACAAGGACACGUGCUUCCUUGAUUUUGAUGUGCUUCUGGUGGAGCCACGUAAUAUAAAGAGGAAUCUCAUUGACUCUAUCGCCUUUUGGACCAAGGCUGUCAACCUAGCUAAUCAAAGGGACAGCGUUAUGUUGGCAAUGACUCUGGCCUUCUAUAACGAUUAUCUAAAGCUCCCUACCAACUGGAAGCGCGCAGACACUAACACAGACAUUCUCUACUAUGACGGACCCAAGAAUGUUUGCGCUGAAGAUGGCCGUCAGCACCAAGAAAAAGGCUCGGGCGAGAUCUGGCAGCAGUACCUUGGUCCGAAGUCCGACUCGCUGUUGAGCGCCUGA